AUGGAGCCCAAUGUUAUAACACUCUUCUUCAUUCUCUCUGCACUUGUGGGUGUUGAUUUGCGCCGUGAGUUCUACAAUCAAAUGGUUGAGGAAAACCACUUACCCGAUAUUGUAACGCACAACACCCUCUUGGGUGCUCUUUGCAAGGAGGGCAUGGUCAACGAGGCUGUCCAGCUGCUACAAUUGUGUGGUACGAGCUUUGCUCCCAGCCUGAUCAGUUACAAUAUCCUUAUCGAUGGUUUUGCAAAAACCGGUGAUAUGAAGAAAGCAAUGUCGAUAUAUGAUGAAAUGAUGGGUAAUGGUAUCAAAGCCGAUGAUAUCACCCAUCGGUCCUUGUUUUGGGGCUUCUUUCGGGCAAAUCUACUGGAGGAAGCUGUGGACAUUCUGAAAGGAGAUGGUGGGAAGAAGCCUGAUGGAAUGACUUACUCCCCUGUUAUGGACAGCAUAGCUGAGGCAGGUAUGAAGGAAGCGGCUGACGAGUUGCGCGGUGAGCUUAUUGAACGGAAUGUUCUUACUGAAAAGAUAUUACUCAAUGAACAGUGA